AUGAAGUCCGCUGGGGUUUCUUUUAAGCCCACACCCCUCUUCCUGACGGUCCAUGCCUGCCUUAAGAGGAUUCAGGAAGUCAUCAUGAUUCCUGUGAUGGAAUUCAGGCAGUUCUCUGAACAGCAGCCAGCAUUCAGAGUCCUCAAGCCAUGGUGGGAUGUGUUUACCGACUAUCUGUCCGUAAUUAUGCUCAUGAUUGGUGUCUUUGGAUGUACUCUACAGGUGAUGCAAGAUAAAAUCAUAUGCCUUCCUCAGAGAAUAUCUUCACCUUCAGGGAACAGCAGCGAAAUGGAAAUUAAGUCAAGCUUACCUUUCCAGUCCAAUACCUCAGCUGCACCAAGAGAAAUGACUGGCCUGAAAACUGAUCUUGAUCUUCAACAAUACAGUUUUAUUAAUCAAAUGUGUUACGAGAAGGCUCUGCAUUGGUAUGCCAAGUACUUUCCAUAUUUGGUUCUCAUACACACUCUAGUUUUUAUGGUAUGUAGCAACUUCUGGUUCAAAUUCCCCGGUUCAAGUUCCAAAAUAGAGCAUUUCAUCUCAAUGCUCGGCAAGUGCUUUGAUUCUCCCUGGACCACAAGAGCUUUGUCUGAGGUAUCUGGGGAAAAUCCAGAAGAGAAAGAUCGUAAAAAGAGUAGCACCUCUAGGUCCAACAUAGUUGUCUCUCCUGGAGAAGGCAGUCUAGAAAAAACCCAGUCCCUCCGGUCUAUUCCAGAAAAGAUAGUAGUUGACAAGCCAUCAGCAAGUGUUCUUGAUAAAAAAGAGGGCGAACAAGCAAAGGCACUUUUUGAAAAAGUGAAAAAAUUCAGACUACAUGUUGAAGAGGGUGAUAUUCUCUACCUUAUGUAUGUUCGCCAGACCGUCUUUAAGGUAAUUAAGUUCAUUGUGAUAAUUGCCUAUAAUAGCUCACUAGUAAACAAAGUGCAAAGCACAAUACAUUGCAAAGUUGAAAUCCAGGACAUGACAGGCUAUAAAGACUUUGAAUGUAAUCACACCAUGGCGCAUUUGUUUUCAAAGCUGUCUUAUUGUUACUUAUGUUUGGUAGCUGUCUAUGGAUUAGCAAGCCUCUACACCUCAUAUUGGCUGUUUUAUCGCUCACUGAAGGAAUAUUCUUUUGAAUAUGUGCGUCAGGAAACGGGAAUCAGUGAUAUCCCAGACGUAAAAAAUGACUUUGCUUUUAUGUUGCACAUGAUCGAUCAGUAUGACCCUCUGUAUUCCAAACGAUUUGCAGUUUUUCUUUCUGAAGUUAGUGAGAAUAAACUAAAGCAGCUCAAUCUAAACCAUGAAUGGACUGCAGAGAAAUUGCGUCAGAGACUCCAAACAAACACAAACAACAGACUUGAACUUCAGCUCUUCAUGCUCCCUGGCUUACCUGACACUGUCUUUGAAUUGACAGAGCUACAGUCCCUCAAGUUAGAGAUCAUCAAUAAUGUCACAAUUCCUGCCUCAGUCUCUCAGCUGGGAGAUCUCCAGGAGCUUUCCCUUUACCAAUGUUCUUUAAAAUUGCACACAACUGCUACCUCCUUCCUCAAAGACAACCUGAAAGUGCUUCGUGUCAAGUUUGAUGACAACAGGGAACUUCCUAACUGGAUGUACAGUCUACGCAACUUGGAAGAACUCUAUCUCACUGGGUCACUGAGUCCUGAUGCCUCCAGGAAUAUGGUUCUGGAAUCUCUGCGUGAAAUGAAAUGUCUGAAGACACUCUCUCUUAAAAGCAAUUUGACCAAAAUACCUCAGCCGAUUGUUGAUGUGUCCAGUCAUCUGCAACGGCUGUACUUGUAUAAUGACGGCACUAAGCUUGUAAUGCUCAACAACCUGAAAAAGAUGACCAACCUGAUAGAGUUGGAAUUAGUACAUUGUGAUCUGGAACGUAUUCCACAUGCAGUGUUUAGUCUGACAAGUCUGCAAGAGCUCGACCUAAAGGAGAAUAACUUACGCUCCAUUGAGGAAAUUGUCAGCUUCCAGCAUCUUCGAAAGCUCACUUGUCUCAAACUUUGGUACAACAGCAUCAUGUAUAUCCCAGAGCAUAUCAAAAAGCUCAGUAGCCUGGAACGCCUCAACUUUAGCCAUAACAAAAUUGAGAUUUUGCCCUCGCACCUGUUCUUGUGCAACAAGUUGCGCUACCUGGAUCUCUCAAACAAUGAUAUCCGUUUUAUCCCUCCAGAAAUUGGAGUCCUUCAGAGUCUACAAUACUUCUCUGUUACAUGUAACAAAAUAGAAAACCUUCCAGAUGAACUGUUCUUUUGCAAAAAGUUAAAAACCUUAAAGCUGGGCAAAAACUCGCUGUCCAUACUCUCACCAAAGAUUUCCUACCUGGCUCUGCUGACCUAUCUGGAGUUGAAAGGCAACCAUUUUGAGCUCCUCCCACAGGAGAUUGGGUGCUGUCGCGCUUUAAAGCGCAGUGGCCUUAUUGUGGAAGAGACACUUUUUGAAACUCUGCCAUCAGAUGUCAGGGACCAAAUGAAGGCCGAGUAAAAUGCUUUGCUUCAGCCACAGUGCCUAUGUUUUUUUCAUUAUGUCAAUUGAUAUAUUUUUUUUAUAUUAAUGUACUUUAAAAUCUAAAUGAUUUGUUUGAUUACUAUUUUCUUUAUGUAAAAAAGUGGCAUUUCAUUUAAUUGCAUCUAUGCUGGCAACAAAAUACUGUCUUAUUCAGCCACAAAUAUGUUGUAAAGGAAGAAGUUAAGCAUUUUAGGAAAAUAUGCUCAUGCACUCCUAUGCUAAAAACUUCAGGAGAAGAUCCACAUUUAUUGUAUAUGUGUAUUGUAUAUCAAACAUUUAUCAUUUAACACUGGAUGGUCCCAUGCCACAUCUCUUACUGUAUUGUAGUCAUUAUGCUGAACAAACUACGACCUUUGCUGUAGCUUCCUAUUCAUGGGUUUGAUGCAUGUGUUCACACCAACAAAUGAGCAUUUUCUCCAGUAGUUUAUUCUUUCCAAUCACAUAACAUGUUUUGUUCACCAAAUAGAAAUCAAGCCUAAAACCUUACAUUUAUUUUAAGUUUUUGUAUUAAGUUUUAAGUUUUUUGUAUUAAGUUUUAUGUAUUGUCCCAACAGUGAGAAACAAUAUAUACAAUACAACAUACAAUAUAAUUUCAUCAAAAUGAUUUUCGCCAACUCUCUUCUCCUAAGCACUUUACCUCAACCUUGUAAGUAACCAGAUUAAGGAGAAAUGCUAAAUAGAUUCUGAAGGAUUUAGGAAAAUAUCUACUUUUCUGAAGCUACAACUGUUUGAAAAAAUAUUUCCACAAUGUACUUUAUCUAUGGCAAUUUUAUUAUGUUAUAUGAAGAGUAUAUAUCAUAUUGGUAUGAGAUAAGCCACAAAACGAAUCGACCUGAUCCCAUGGUUAAUGUACUAAUUUUAGGAUGUGACUGACACAAUUAAAUCUAAUUCUUAAAAGAACUACAGAGCAGUGAAAAUGAGUGAUAGCAAGUCUAUUUGGUACCCAAGGUGUCACUAGGAAAAGCACAAACAUUCUUUUGAAUCUUUGCAUGAGUAAUGAUCAACAGGAAGAUAUCAAAGUAGUGUGAUAAAACGGAAUGAGCUUGCCGCAUAUCUGCAUUGAUUUUUUUUUUUCUGAGUGGUCACCACAUGUAUCUUUAUGUGUGUCCUCAUACAUUAUCUGACCAAGGCCAUUUUCACAGCACUGCCUUAUUUUACACCCUGUUCAAGGUGAACAUGACUUCCAGAAAUAUCCGACAUAUGCUUAAAGAAGCAUUAAUAUUUUUUCUAAACUCAAAAGGAUAAGUAUCUCUAGAGGUAAUUCUUAUCAUUGUUUUGUAAUGUUCAAACAAAAUAACAAUUAAACCACUGUACUUUCUCUAUUUUACUUUUGACAAUGUUAUUGCCUUCUUUACAGUGCUCCCCAAUUUAAUUUGUUCAUCAUGCUUAAAUGAAAAAAGGUUUUCUUGAAGGAGAAUAAUAUCACAUGGGGACAGAUUUCUCAACAUAAGAUAAUUGUGGUGUUUAUGCUGCCU